AUGCUGCGUCAAAUUGGUGAAUUUUAUCAUCAGGGUGAAAAAGAUGACACUAGUCGAGUUUGGAUGACGUGCUGGCAUUAUGGAGGUCGAAUUCUGGCGUCUUGUGGGGAUGACAAGGUUGUUAGGGUGUGGAGUCUUGUUGGAGAACCUGACUCAAAACUCCGUCUGGAAUGUCGUACAACACUAGACGACAGUCAUAACGGGCGAAGUCAACAAGCUGGAAGGACACGAAAGCGAAAAGACGAAGAUGAGGACUUCAGUGUUUCAUCGAUUCUCCAGCCACACACACAGGACGUGAAACAAGUCGUUUGGCAUCCGACAGAAGACCUUCUCGUCUCGUGUAGCUACGACUCGUCGAUUCGAUUUUAUCGAUACGACGGUGAGGAUUGGGUGACACAACAGAAAAUCGAUAAUUGCCACGUGGGAACCGUCUGGAGCGCGGCUUUUGACUCGGAAGGACAUCGGCUGGUUACUGUAGGAGAGGAUCAUGUUAUUCAGCUCUUCGUUCGUGAGAAUAUCGAUUCAAAGUCGGCGGAUCAAGACACGUGGAAAUCAGUGGCUCGUCUAGAAGUGGAGAAUACCCGAUGGCCGUUGUAUUCGGUGACGUGGAAUUCUGAAAAUGACGCCAUCGCGACAGGAGGCGGUGAUUCGAAAAUUCGACUAUUCAAAAUCUCUUCGAAAUCCUCAGAUUCUCCAAUUAUUGAGCAUCUUGGCGUCGUCGGAAGCCACGAAUACGAUGUAAACCACGUGGCAUGGAAUCCGAAAUUCUCGAAUAUUCUCUCGUCGGCCUCGGAUGAUGGAACGAUUCGUCUCUGGGAACUGGAUAUUUGA